AAGAUCCUAUUAGAAGAGCUUAUAUGAUUGACAUCAAUAGAGAUAUGAGAGUCUCUGAAAUUCGUAAGCUUUUAAUUAAUGACAAAAAACGGUUUGCCACUAUUAACGAAGAAGAUUUAAUUCUAUGGCAUGUAGAUAUCCCAACAAGAGGCAAAGACCUAGGAACUACAAUAAAAACUGAGGACAUCAAAGGAGGCAUGAAAUGUCUCCAUCCGCAGGCAGUAAGAACGGUGCCAAUUUUGAAAUUCCUUCAAGUUAAUUUCGAAAAGUCACCAGUUAGACUGGUAAGCAUCACCACAUUCGGCCAUAAUUUUCCACUUGUUGGAAGAAUAACUACUGCGACAUGCCUCACGGAAAGUUUUAUCUCUCAGUUUAAAGCUGCCUGUAAAGGUGGCGAUCGGAACGAAUGUCCUAUAUUUAUUUCAGCUGGCGCGCCCGGAACUGGAAAAACACGCAAUCUUAUCGAGACAAUACCGAUGAUACGUAGUUGUUUUCCAGACUUUGCAGCUAUUGAAAUAUCAAACGAAAUACAAAAUCUAGCUCGUUUACUGGAUGAUCCUGUACAGAUCUUUAUGACGUAUAACGAAAAUUUUAAUCCUCGAAACAUUGAAAAAACUUUGGCACCUGAUGAAUUUCAAAGGCUAGUUGGAUCUCCAUUUUGUAAAGGCAAUAAUGAUCAAGAGAAAAGACAAUAUCUUAAAGAAGUGAUUUUAGCUCUUGGUGACGCAAUGCUUUGUGAAUUUAGCAUUAGCAACAUUUUUAUAAUUUGCCACCUUGCAGGAACUGUACUUACACCAUUGUCAGAAGUAACAAAUAGUUUUUCAUAUCGGCAUAUAAUUUUGCACACCCCUCUUUUAUUACCAAUCGAUAUAAAUUCUCUUUUUGAGCAGCUAGAAUUAACAAGGAGUUGGUGGCUAACUUCCCUUCUUUUACGAGCCAUUGCUUAUGAAAUCAUGUUACCACGUGGGAUUGAAGCAUUAUUAGAGUAUAUUUCAAAUAGCAUAUCUAAAGGUAUAUCACUAUCAGAUAUUGAUUACGUACAAGCAGCUAAGUGUGCCCGCCAGAAAAUCAACGUGAGUGCAAUACCAUCGUUACUUGCAAAAGAAAUUUUAGUCGCCAUCAUGUUGCAAUCUUGUGUUAGUCGUAUAGACCGUGAUUAUUACAAGGUUAUCAUGCCUUACAUGUAUGCACGAAAACUAGUUUCUCAUUGUGGUCCAGAUAAAAGCCUCAAAAAUUUAUCAUUGCUAUUUUCACUUGAUGUUAGUGUAGACGGUGGAAUUAUUGAUUUUUACUGGGCAAACUUUGAGUUGUAUUGUUGUCAUUUACAG